AUCCCGGAACACCCACACUUUCACACAAAAACACACACUAGUAACCAUCCAUGACUACCUCCAUUAACGGACCUCCACUUAGCUUCAUCGUUUCAUUCUUUCUCUGCGCUGUCAUCUUCAGAUCUGGUGUUGUUCUGUGUGAAUCAGUUCCCGGACUUUACAUAUUCGGAGACUCAUUGGUUGACGUCGGAAACAACAACUACCUAGCUCUAUCCCUCGCCAAAGCUAAUUUUCCACACAACGGCGUCGAUUUUCCGACCGGGAAGGCUACCGGAAGGUUUAGUAAUGGAAAAAAUGCUGCCGAUUUUUUAGCUGAGAAGGUCGGAUUACCGUCCGCACCGGCGUAUCUAUCAUUGGUGUCGAAAUCAAAAAAGCUGAGCAGCUCCAAUGCGACGGUUACCGGAAUCAGUUUUGCAUCUGGCGGUGCCGGAAUCUUCAAUGGAACAGAUGAACUAUUUAAACAAUCCAUUCCAUUAACAAAGCAAGUGGAGUUCUACUCUCUGGUUCAUGACCAACUGGUUCAGCAACUUGGUGCAGCCGCUGCUCAAACCCACUUAUCCAAGUCCCUAUUUCUCAUCAUUAUUGGAAGCAAUGAUCUCUUUGGCUACUUCAAUAAAGAUUCCAAUGUUUCCAAACAAUACACCCCACAACAAUAUGUUGAUCUCAUGGUCUCCACUCUCAAAUCACUCAUCAAGAAAAUGCAUGGAUUGGGAGCUCGUAAAUUUGUGGUAAGUGGAGUUGGAGUGAUCGGUUGUUGUCCGGCACAAAGGAAGCAGAACAACACCGAGUGCAAGGCAGAAGCAAAUUAUUGGUCUAAAAAAUACAACGACGGUCUGCAAGCUUUGCUAAGGGAACUGAAAUCAGAAUUAUCAGAUAUUAACUACUCCUAUUUUCAUUUAUACGAUGCCAUGAACGGCGUCAUUCAACAUCCUCAAAAUUACGGAAUUACGGAGAUAAAAGCGGCUUGUUGUGGACUUGGCAACCUAAAAGCCGAUAUCCCUUGCAUUCCAGUUUCAACUUUUUGCACGAACCGGAAAAACCAUCUUUUCUGGGACCUUUACCAUCCGACAGAAACAGCAUCUGGUAUUUUUGCAGGCAUUAUCUAUGGUGGAUCGCCACAAUUUACAAACCCAAUGAAUGUAGAACAACUCGUUAAAGCGUGAAUGCAGAACACACACACAGAGAGUUUGAUUCACGUGAGAGUAGUCUGUUUUCGUGAAACCCAUGAGACUUUGUCUUUACACUUGAAACUUCACAAGAAAAUAUUGUAAAGGUAAAAGAAAAUCCGAACCACCUUCACAGUGUUUUUACUAUGAAAUUUCAAGUGUAAUAAUAUGGUCUCACAUGUCUCACUAAAAUAAAUUGGUCUCACAUGAUUCCAAAUCUAUAUAUAUUCAUUGUAUGUUUUUGUGAAAGAGAAUAUGAAGAAAUAGUUAAAGUAUAUGUAUACAUGUAAUGUGUAAGCAUCAGUUUAUCCAAUCAUUGUAAUUCAAUUAUGCAAUGAAAAAUGAAACAAUUCAUGCAAUUUAAGCUU